UGGCACAUUGCAGCAUGCAGGCGCACUUUCUCAGCUCGGCCAGCAUCGGCUUCCGCAGCACUGGCAGAGAUCGGCAUCCAUUGGCGUUGUGCGUUUCACUGAUUUACAUCAGAAAGCAUGCUGUUGCCAACGCCAGUGACGGCGCUUGCACUCAGGAAAUGGCGCAACGUGGUUGCCACCUAAGACUUGACCAUGUUCUGUUUCAAAGUAGACAAUGAAUCUGCGCAGCUGCUGCAGCAAGAACUUGAGACAAUUUUCGCUGGGGGUUCUUGUGACCUAAGAAACACCACUGCAGAGGCAGAUAAUUGAGGCUAAGCCGGAAAACUUUUCCAUUGUCUUGAGCAAGCCGCUUAACAAGAGCCACUGACAUAACAGAAGCAAGAUGCAGCUGCGUUGGUCAGUGCAGCUGGUGGCAUGCUGCCUUCUAUGUCUUUGCACGAUUGGCACUGUCAUCAGGCGGGUGGUACGUCUUUCGAAAGAGUUUGAUCAAGGGCAAUGGAAGGGCUACCUGCCUGGGCUUCAAGAAGGCUGGCUGUUGAACCGUCAGAUUGACCUGUCGGAUGCUCAAUGGCGAAACUUCCGCAGCAGUGCUCAGAUUCUGAUCGCUGCCGCCCUUGGCACGACACUACUCGGGUCGCUUUUCAGGAACACACCCCGAGCACGCACGCUCUACUGGCUUCUUGUUGGAAUGGGAUUUAACUUCCAACUACAUGGAGCUUACUCCCUCUUUGUCCUGGUCAUUGCGACCGCCAACUUUCUCCUCGUCAAGGUGCUUGCCGGCCGACGCCUCUGUCCUGUUGUUUUCUGGACCGCAAGCUGCGCCAUGCUGGUGUACAUCCGACUGGCGGACGGCUUCAGCUUCAGCUCCUUCGGGGCUUCCUGGGAGUGGCUGGAUUACCAUAAGGGAAGUCUUAGGUGGCACAUUGGAUUCAAUUUAGUGAUGCUCCGAAUCCUGAGCUUUGGCCUCGACUAUCACUGGAAGAAGCUCGGCUUCGCCCCUCAGAAUCAGAAAGCGAAGUUGGAGCAAACGAAGUCAAACGCGAGAAGCCUCGACAAACCAGAGGCCCUUAAUCCUGCCUGGGGCAGCUACAGUUUUGCCACAUACCUGUGCUACCUGCUGUACCCACCGCUCUACAUUGCCGGGCCCACCAUCACAUUCGACUCCUUCGCUUCUCAGCUGUCUACCCCUCAACAGCGCCCGUCUGGGCGGGCCGUUUCGUUGUACGCUUUGCGGUUGGCGGGUUGCUGGGGCCUGAUGGAGUUGCUUCUGCAUUUCACCUACUUCAACGCACUCGCCGUCAGCGGGGUCUGGCAAAGGUUCGACUUGCCGGCGGCUGACGUAUGCUGCAUCGGCUUCGGGGUGCUCAACUUCAUGUGGCUCAAGUUCCUCAUCAUUUGGCGUUUCUUCCGGCUGUGGGCCCUGAUGGACGGGAUCGACCCUCCCGAGAACAUGCUCCGCUGUGUCAACAACAACUACGACAUCGAGGGCUUCUGGAAGAGUUGGCACGCCUCUUACAACCGCUGGCUCGUCAGGUACCUGUACAUUCCCCUGGGUGGCGCCAAAUGGCGGUUCCUCAACAUCUGGGUCAUCUUCACGUUCGUCGCUCUGUGGCACGACCUCGAAUGGAAGCUCCUGUCCUGGGCCUGGCUGACGUGUCUCCUGGGGCUUCCGGAGCUGGUAGUCAAGAGCAUCGUACGCUCCCCCAGAUUGGCCGGCUUUCGGAAGAUCUGGCUGUACUCUGAGCUUGCGGCCGCUGCAGGAGCGCUCAAUAUCACAGGCCUCAUGGCUGCGAACCUCGUUGGCUUUGUCAUUGGCCCGCAGGGCCUGCGCGCGUUCUUUUUCAAGUUGCUCAGCCUUUCGAAUGUUGCCCUCAUGCUCUACAUACUUCUCUCAUUUUACGCCGCAACUAAGGUUAUGUUUGCUAUCCGGGAAGCCGAAGAACGGGAGAAGCAAUGCAGAAAAGUAGGGACCGAAUGCCGGUCAACAACGGACGUAUUGCAAGACGUUUAUCUCGAAAGGAGGCUCCGAGAGGAAAAUGUAAAGCGGAUCUGGCAUGCUGCAGAUUGAUGCUGCAGUCACUCGGCCCGCUCGUGCACUUUCAAGUCAAAGUGUCUUUUGCAAACCCCUCCAGUUUCUCAUCAUUUGCUGUCCACGGGCAAUUGAACGAACGGUAUUAUUCCAUACGGUACACGUUUGAACUCUAUUCAAAAAUGAUCGGUGC